GGAAGAGUACCGUAUGUUCGUUUUCUCCGAUUCGGUUCUGAAUUCCCGGCGAGAAAAUGAAUAUCUUCCGAUUAGCCGGCGACACGACUAACCUCGCCAGUAUUCUCGUCCUACUCCUCAAGAUCCACACUAUUAAGUCCUGCGCCGAAGCUGUUGCCAUACUUCCCCUGCUUGUACUCUUACAAACGACUAGAAACAUAGGCAACUUGACAGGGCAAUACGUAUUUCUUCUUAGUACAUACUGAGCAUUAUACAUAGUUAACUGGACUUAUUGCUACUUCACCGAGACACACUCCGUCCACUGGAUACGUGAGUCUCUCUCUAUCUUCUGAAUGACACACACACAUUUGUGCACAAAAGGUCCACAUGUAAUGGAAUGGCUGCAUUUGUUUUAUGCUUAUAAGUUGCUGCAGUGCUUUAUAUUUUGAACCAUAUGAUUGUAGCACGAGAAAGUCUAUUUUCUGCAAACAUUGUGGAUCUUUAGUUCAUUAGAAUCAGCCAGAUAAGCUUCUAGAAAACCUUCCGGGUUGCAUAAUUUCUGAAUUUCUUGGUUUUGGAUCUCUGAUAAGCUGUGGUACUACCCCCAAUCAUAUUCUUUGAAACUUGCAAUCCCAGCAAUACUACUUUGGACCUCUGGGAUAAUAGACAAAACAUGAUUUGUUUGUUUUGAUUUCACACUCUCACAAGUUAUAAUGCUUGUCUGACACCAUACUUUAAUAAUCGACUGUAACUGACUCACAUUCUGGUUUGAAAUAUUUCACAUCCCAGAAGGCAUUUGUAUGAGAAAGCUUCAAAUUUAUGACCAGCCAUGUCUUUUGGAUUGAACUUACAUUUUGAGACUAACAUCUAUUUAUGACCUAGCUUUCUGUUCAAGUGGCCAAAUGUGCACAUUUACGUUAGUUUUCCAAUGGUCUUUUGCAGCUUGAAUUUCUGGGCUCAUUCAGACAUCGCUCUAUGCUGAUUUCUUCUACUACCAUUUUAACAGGUAAAAUUCCUAAAAUUUUGAAAUACAAAUCACAAAAAGCC